UGGACAUUUCUUUUUUCUUUUUCCCGAAAACUUUGUGCUAUGGCAACCUUGGGGUUGCUCUAAGCACUACAUGAACUUGAAUUCCGCUUUCCAUAGAAAUCGUAAAGAACAGAAUGGCAGCAGAUAAUUACUAUUCCAAGGAUUUCGAGUGGGAGGAGCUAAAGCACGACGUUGAGAACGAUCCGUCUCUUCUCUAUCACUGGGCGCCUUACGCUAACCCCGCCAUUGGAGCCCAGGAUCUUGAUGCUGCUGCUUUUUGUCACUCCUCUUCUUUGCCGAAAGAAGAUUCUGAAGCUUGGAAUAAGUUCCAUACCCGCCACUCCACUGGAAGAUUUUUUAAGGAGAGGCGUUAUUUGCUCAAAGAAUUUCCUGAGCUAGCCUCUUGCAAUAAGUACUCUAUAGGCUUGGAAGUGGGGUGUGGGAAUGGCAGUACUGUUCUCCCAAUUUUACGUGGAAACGAGAACAUAUUUAUUUUUGCAUGUGACUGUAGCUGUGAAGCAGUUGAGAGGACCAAGGAGAAUAUCAGUGCUGCUAAUUUGGCAUCGGCCAAACAUCGCUUCAACCUCUUCCAAUGUGAUAUCUCUUCAAGCAAUUUUCCUCAAUGGCUGAUCUGUAAUUCUUGCCGGGAAAAUUCCUUACCCAAACAAUGUGAUUGGUCCUCAGAUUCAAAUAAUGUCAUCAAGAGAUUUUCCCUGGAUCCGUGGUGCUUGGUGGGAAAUUCUUGUUGCGUUGGUGGUGUAGAUUUUCUUACCUUAAUAUUUACUUUAUCGGCCUUGCCAAUACAUAGGAUGCGAAUGGCAAUCCGUGAGUGUUUUUAUGCUUUGAGACCGGGAGGUUUGCUGUUAUUCAGGGAUUAUGGCCUCUAUGAUAUGACCAUGCUCCGGUUUGAGCAAGAACAAAGAGUAGGAUUCAGGGAAUAUUUACGGUCUGAUGGAACACGGUCUUAUUUCUUCUGUCUGGACAGCGUCAGGGAUUUAUUUUGCAGUGUAGGCUUCAUCAAGAUUGAGCUCGAGUAUUGUUGUGUUAAGUCACUGAAUCGCCGGAAUGGUAAGGCCAUGAAGAGAGUGUGGGUUCACGGGAAGUUUCAAAGGCCAUAAUUGGGAUUCUUAUUUUGAUGCACAUCAGCCAUGAAUGCUGUAGUAAAAGUGAAGUUGCAUGGUCUAAGAAGGCAACAAGGCCAGGUGAAUAUUUACUUCUUACUAGCUUCGUCCCACAUAUAACUUCUCCUUUAACUUGGUAUCAGAUUAAGAAAGUGGAAAUUGUGUAUCCAGAAAUUGUGCAAAAUAAAGAGAAAUAACGUCAGCCAUAUAUAUAAAUAUAUAAAUGAUCCUGUCCACCAGCCCCCGGUCCAAACACCAUCCGAACAUCGCCAUUUGGGGCACUUCCCGGUGGAUUUUUUUGAUGAAAUUUUUUGAGCAUGUUCCUCAUCAAGUCUAGUUUAUCCAUACCAAAUUUCAGCUCAAAAUUUGAUCGGGAAGACAGACAAAUAAUUCCUUGAAGUUAACUGCGUUUUUC